AUGAGAGGUCUAACAAUUUGCUUAAUGUUUGUAACUAAGGGUUUGUGUGAAUUGUCACCAGUUUUAAACGAUGUCCACACUCAAUACAACCAUCUACUGAGUCCCUUAGAAUUUCAUUUUAAGCAUACAAAGUUUCCGGUCAUAUUUUGGUUGGAUAAAUCAGUGUACGAAACGAACCGACCCUCGUCUAGUCUCGAUACGCUGAACGCGAUGCUUUUUGCGCACAGCAGCUGGAUAAGUAUGGUCGUGCGCAGCACAACGCGAUGCUUUCGGUUUAAUCGUUUGCAAAAUGUUAUCAUAACUCAAACGUUUUCUGCGAUGCGCAAGCUAAUCGCAACCAUCGACUAUGAUUGUUUCUACCCUUCCGGGCUUUAUAUUUUCACCGUCACGGGGCAGCGUUGGAUGACAAACGAUGUGAAGAGUGUGUUUGAAACAGUGUGGAAGAAAAGAAUCCUAAAUGUUGUGUUUAUAGUGUCAACCGGCGAUACCAAGCAUCGUGCGUACGGUUACGAACCGCACGAGCACGGCAACUGUGGCAAGGUGCGGGUGAAACUGUUAGACCAGUACACGGACAACAGAUGGCAAAGGUUAGCUGGUUGGUUUCAGCCAUCUUUACCGAAUUUCCAUGGAUGCCCACUGAAGGCGGUAACGUUCGAAAGCAAACCAUUUGUGAUGCUCCGCAGCAACGGUAACCGAUCCCAGUUUGUUGGGCUGGAAGUUGUAAUAUUCGAAAGCAUUGCAUCGAAGCUUAACUGCUCCAUCGUAUACGUUUCACCGCCAAACAAUAUGAAAUGGGGCGUGCUACUACCGACGAACAGCACCGGACAGAUGGGUAUGUUGCAGCGCAGUGAGGCGGAUGUUGGAUUUGGCAGCGUUGGUCGGAGCAUAGAACGGAACGUCUAUCUCCGGUCAAGCAUUCCGAGCAUUGUGUCGCAACUAUCAAUGACCAUACCGCCGAAAGUACCGUACACGUCGUUGGAGAAAUUGUUUCUACCGUUUAGUUUGUCUGCUUGGUUGCUGGUCGCUGCUGGCUACACGUUCAUAUACUGCUUAUACGUCGUACUGUUUCGUGCAACGCAUCAUCCCCACCUGGACCACAUACCCGGCAUCUUCUAUACGAUCUGGACCAUCCUGAUGGGUGGUCCGGGCUAUGACCGGGCCCGCAGGAACAGUACCCGCAUCUUUGUGAUCAGCCUGGUUCUGAAUGCAUUCGUCGUGCGCAAUCUUUAUCAGUCGGCGCUGUUUCAGUAUCUCAAAUCGAACGACAUUAUGGCAGCGAAUUUGCAUACCUACAAAGACAUUAAUAAGGCCGGUUUGUUCUACUACAUGUUUCGUACGACUGGGAAAUAUUUUGAGGACAACCCAGAUGUGAACAGCACGAUACGGUUCAUUGCGGAUGAGAACAUCGAUUGGGAUGACGUGCUGUACAACAUAUCUCACCAUCGGCUGCAGGGUGUUUUUCCAUUGCCGCUCGAGAGCAUAUACUACUACGUGAAGGACCGUGGCUACCAGGAUAUGGUGUACGUCAGCGAGCACACGGCCAUAAGCUACUUCAUUGCGUUUCACUUUCCACGGAUGUCCGCGCUGCAGAAACCGUUCGACUAUUUGCUCCAUCAGCUGCAAGCCGGUGGUUUUAUUGUGCACUGGAAAGCCAACUACCGUAACGAUCCGGAUACCUGGAUAAGCAACGAGCAGGAGAACGUACCAACGCCGCUGCAUCUGCAUCAAGUGUCGGGUGGAUUUUACCUGUGGUCAUUUUGCCUGCUAGUGGCAAUGGUGGUAUUUACGGUAGAGCUGAUAGCAUCAAAGACCACAUGUGCUAGCAAAUAA